CUGUUUCGGACACUACGUGUAUUUCCUGUGUGCGUCGCUAGAAACAGUCCGAGUUAAAACAACGCUACUAGCUCAUGUACUAGCUGCGGCACAGCGCCAGCACAGCGGUGUGAUUACCGACGUUGUUCAGGUGUGUAAUUAGACUGCUUGUUCAGCUCCGUCUGUAUAACUUACAUAGUUAUAUUACAUUCAAGUUCCACGCUUGACGACACUUAUCUUUGAAUGUGUUGAUAGAAAGCGGUUUAAAGUCAGUGAUUGUUUAUGUAUAUCAGUAGUGAAAAUCGACGCUCUAGUUUGCCUUCAUCAGUAUGUCUUACUUGGAGUGGGCUGAGUCUCAGCUUGCAGAGAUCGAGCUGCUGACCAGCAUGUUUCCCACCCUAGAUGAGCUGGAGUUAACAGACCAGGUGGCACUAGCUGAGCUCAGGGACUAUGUGGAGGGCUCAACUUCAACAGACAGCCCCCCUCCUUCCAGACCUCACUUUCUCAUCAAACUGAAACUGGACACUGCAAGCAUGGAGAGGACGGAUGUCAUUCUAUCCUGUACUUAUCCAUCCAAAUACCCCAGUGUGUUACCAGAGAUAACUGUCCGGUGUGCCGGUCUCAGCAGGGCCCAGCAGACACAGCUCCACACAGAUCUCAAUGCAUACCUCAUGGAAAACUGCCAGAAGGAAGUAUGUGUGCUCACCGCUGUGGACUGGGUGAAAGACAACCUGCAGCUUUUCAUUAAUAAGAGCUUAUCAGCACCACCGGCUCCGAAGAAAGAGUCUUCCUCUCCACGGCUACAGGAAGUGUUCAGCCGACUAUGGAUUUACAGUCACCACAUCUACAACAAGACGAAGAGGAAGAACAUCUUGGAGUGGUCCAAGGAGCUGGGACUGUCAGGCUUUAGCAUGCCUGGGAAGCCUGGUAUUGUGUGUGUGGAAGGUCCUCACUCUGCCUGUGAGGAGUUCUGGUCAAGAGUGAAGGUUCUGACAUGGAAGAAGAUCAUGAUUCGACAUAGAGAGGAUAUUCCCCUUGAUGGUCAGGACGAGGACAGCAGGACUGUUGGAAGUAUAGACUCCCUGCGCAAAUUCACAGGCUUUGAAGAGGCAAUGUUUGACCCUCAUGGGAACAGAGGUAAUCACAUGGACCUUGGGCAGCUCUACCAGUUCUUAAAUGAGAAAGGCUGUUGUGACGUCUUUCAGCUAUAUUUUGGCAUUGAAGGAAGGUAGUGGUCAGGCUCUGUGAAUAAAUAUACAAAGGUA